AUGACGCCUAAACAAGAAUCAACAUACUACCUCGUUCCCAACCAUCUUGGUCUGGAUCCUUCCGCGCGGGAGGCCGACUUCAACUCACACUCAUGGGUACAACCGAUUGUCAUCGAAGAUGAAGAUUUAAUGUUUGGAGGGAAAUCACUGAGUGCAUGGUAUGAGGAGGACCGUCGACGUUUGAGCAGCGGGAGCGAUGAUGGAAGAACCGAGCACAGCCAAGAAGAAGAACGAAGAGGUCGAGAGCGCGUCAGGAGACACCACAAGAGCUCUAAGAGCCACCGCAAAUGUUGCAACACGCACUUGCUGGCAUGUGCCAGCGACCAACACCAUCGACAACUCAACUACUCAGCCUCAAAGACCGGCGCGCUUAUACAACUACAUCAUCGCAACACCGCACAAAGACGAUAG